AUUUGUGAGAUUAUCUCCACGAAUGCAAUCAAUAUUUAGGAGAAUGAGAGACCAUUGAGUUACUCACGGCUGCCACCACUAUCAGUGUCAUCCCCUUCGUCACCAAAAAUAAAUUGAUCUGAUUGGAGCUGAUAGAGAGCGCCAUGGAAAUGAACGGCAAGGAGGAGCAAUGGAAGUUCAGGGGCAACGAGGAGCUAAACAAGUCGUCCCUUUCAGUGCGUGGAACUCUCAGCCUCCUGAGUAAGCAUCUGAAUGCCGACGACCCUCGCCCCGUCGUCCCUUUCGGCCUUGCCGACCCCUCCGUCUACCCCUCCUUUCGCACUUCUCCCUCAUUUGUCCAACCUCUCGUCGAUGCCGUCAACUCCGGCAGUUUCAACUCUUAUCCUUCUUCCCAUGUCAUUCUUCAUGCUCGAACGGCAUUGGCAGAAUAUAUUUCAAAGAAUCUGGCGUACCAAUUAUCGCCUGAAGAUGUUUUUCUCACAAUUGGUUGCUCGCAAGCCAUUGAAGCCAUAAUCUCUGUGCUAUCUCGCCCUGCUGCUAAUAUCCUUCUUCCUCGACCCUUCUUCCCGCUCUAUAAAUCCCGAGCAGAUUUUCAGCGCCUUGAAGUUCGCCAUUUUGAUCUCAUUCCUGAGAAGAAUUGGGAGGUUGACCUAGAAGCCAUUCAAGCUCUUGCCGAUCACAAUACUGUCGCCAUUGUCGUUAUCAAUCCCAACAAUCCCUGUGGGAGCGUUUAUACCUACCACCAUCUGAAACAGAUUGCGGAAACUGCGAGGAAACUUGGGGUUUUUGUGAUAUCCGAUGAGGUUUAUGCACAUAUCGCGUUUGGGAAGAAACCGUUUGUUCCUAUGGGCGAAUUCGGAUCCAUUGCCCCAGUGCUGACCCUUGGAUCUCUAUCAAAGAGAUGGUCUGUUCCUGGUUGGAGAUUGGGUUGGAUUGUCAUCACUGAUCCUCAUGGCACUCUGGAAAAACAUGGGAUUGUGGAAAGCAUCAGGAACUAUCUGAACAUCACCCCCAGCCCACCGACCUUCAUUCAGGCAGCACUUCCACAAAUUCUUGCGCAACCCAGCGAUGAAUUCUUCUCAGAUCUUCUUGGUUUGCUGAGAGAAAAUGCAAACAUUUUGUAUGAAAAGAUGAAUGAAAUCCCUUGCUUUACUUGCCCAAACAGACCAGAAGGAUCAAUGCUUGCAAUGGUGAAGCUCAAUCUAGAACAGCUUGAAGGCAUCAGUGAUGAUUUAGACUUCUGUAACAAGGUGGCUAAGGAAGAAUCUGUGCUCAUUAUCCCAGGUAGUGCUGUUGGGAUGAAGAACUGGCUGCGGUUGAGCUUUGGCAUUGAGCGCUGUUCCAUUGAAGAUGGUGCGGCGAGGUUGAAAGCCUUCUAUGAGAGGCAUGCAAGACCCAACAACCCUGCUGCUUCCCCCACUUGUUGAAUAAGACCUAUUUCGGCUCGGGUUGGAUAGUCAUUCGGUCUCAUAACGUUUAAACUUUGUAUGUCUAUGAUGAUUCGAUUGAUGUUUCGUGGGGGCAA